AAUUAACUUUUAAAAAACAGCGACGCCAUCUUGAAAAACUCGUUUAGCUCACGUCUUUCCGAAAGUUUGAAAUUUUCAGUUAAAGAGCUUGCACUGCACGGGCAGUAGGCGUAGAGGGUGACGGAAAAUGUCGGAAAAAAUAACAACAAGGGUGAUUCAAAUCACCAAUAUUGCCCCAAAUGCCACAAAGGACCAGAUGAAGACGCUGUUCGGAUACCUCGGGCGCAUAGACGAAUGUAAAAUAUAUCCAUCGAACGAUUUACCAGAGGGAGAUACUUCCACCAAGGUUUGCUAUGUGAAGUAUGAUGACUCCGUGAGCACAGGGAUCGCUCUCCACUUGACCAAUACUGUCUUCAUUGAUCGAGCUCUAAUUAUUGUUCCAGUCAUUGAUGGAAAAAUCCCAGAUGAAACCACUGCAUUGCAGAUAGCACCAUCAGCCAUUGCUGGCAUGAUUCCUGGGACUCCCAGCUGGCCAAGCAAUGUCAUUAGUCAGAUGACAGGAACAGGACUGACACAAAUGUUCACCACCCACGACCCCAAACUGACAGCCCUAGGUCUUCCUCAAUAUCCCCCAUUGCCAGGAAAUACUGAUCCAGCUAAAAUUGAGGAAAUUAGACGCACUGUUUAUGUGGGAAAUCUGGCCAAAAAUGUGACAACAGAACAACUGCUGAGUUUGUUCUCCCAGGUCGGGGAGGUCAAGUAUGUCCGGUUGGCAGGGGAUGAGACACAGCCUACAAACAAUGCCUUUGUUGAAUUCACAGACCAACGCUCCAUUUCAACCGCUCUGACGUACAAUGGGGUUAUGUUCCAGAGCUUGCCCAUCAGUGUCACCCAUGCCACUAACUGCAUCAUUAAACCAAUCUCCAAGACCCAGGAGGCAGCCCAGAGAGAGAUCGAGGAAGCCAUGAAGAAAGUCAAGGAGGCGCAGUCGCUGAUCACUGCAGCUGUCGAUGAACCAAAUGAUAGAAGUCGUUCAAGGUCUCCCUCCAAAUAUCGUAAAAGGUCUCGAUCCCGAUCAAGGAAGAGGAGUCGUUCAAGGAAGAGAUCAAGAUCAAGAAAAAGAUCCAGAUCACGAAAAAGGUCAAAGUCCAGAAGAUCCAGAUCUAGGAAAAGGUCGAGGUCACGAAAAAGGUCAAUCUCAAGGUCAAGAAAGAGAAGAUCAAGGUCACGUAGACGAUCCAAGUCCAGAAGGUCUCGCUCCAAGUCUCGGGGACGAAAUCGUCGAUCACGCUCAAGAUCCAGUGUUCAGAAAGACGGCAGGAAGAAUAUGUCUGCACUGAGAAGCCCAAAGGAAGGGGCAAAUGGCUUUCCCAAAAGAAGCCCAAAGGAAGGGGCAAAUGGCUUUCCCAAAAGGGGGCCGCUGAAGGGCCAAACCAUCUUCCCUAUAAGGAGAAGAUCUAGAACUCCGCCCAGAGCCUACAGCAGACGAUCAAGAUCAAGCCCAAAAGCAGGGGUAAAUGGCUCUCCCAAAAGAAGUAGAAAAAGAAGCAGGACUCCGAAACGACGUUCUCCUGAGGCUCGUAAAAAGUCGCGCUCCAAAUCUCUAUCCCCACCCCGACUGGAGAGGGAGAAUUCAAACCCAGCUGGGGAAGAGUCUGAGAGAAAUGGCCCAGAAUCCAGUCCACCUUCCAUAUGUGAGAAAUCGGUUGCAGAAAGUGUCACUGAUGUUCUUGAGGAAUCAUCAAAACCAGAAAAAAGGUCACCGAGUGAAGCAAGAAGCCAAUCGAGAAGUCCUAAGAGAUCUGAGAGUCCGAAACGCAAACCAUCUGCAAGUCCAAGGCGCAAGUCACGAAGUCCAAAGAGAAGCCCGAUACGUCGAGUUUCUCGAAGUCCACGGCGAAAAUCUAAGAGUCCACGGCGAAGGUCUAAAAGUCCACGAAGUCCACGACGAAGAUCCAAAACUCCGCGAAGUCCACGACGAAGGUCAAAAAGUCCACGAAGUCCACGGCGAAGGUCAAAAAGUCCUCGACGUAGGUCCAAGAGUCCACGAAGUCCAAGGCGAAGGUCAAAAAGUCCACGACGUCGAUCUCGAACACCAAAACGUAGGUCAAGAACUCUAAAGCGUUUCUCCAGAAGUCCAGCUAGAAGGAAUGGCCGCAGCAGAAAGUCACGCAGCAGAAGCAAAGGACGGAAAGCCAGUAAACGAUCCAGACACAGUCGAAGUCGAUCCAGAAAGCGCUCCAGGUCCAGGAGUGGAUCUCGCCACAGGCCAAAGAAAGAGAAACGCAGAGACAGAAGUCGUGACAGAGAGGAGAAAAAGAAAAAGCACAGAGACAGGGACCGGGAGGAAAAAUCCUCUAAAGAAACCAAAGUGGUCCGCAAUUACGAUGAGGAGGAGAAGCAGAUCGAAGAGGAUUACAGCAGCGAGGACGAUGAUGACCGUCCAUCUGCUCCUCCGCGACCGGCAGACGACACAAACCUACAGAGUGUGGAUAUGGACAUGAGUGAUUAAAGUACCAUAAACAAUCAGCCUGCUAAAUAUAGUCACGGGGGCAUAACCGAGUCUGUGUCGGCAAACUGAGUUUAACUUUGACAGACUCUCAGUGUAGUGAGAGCACACUAUGCUACAUGUGCAAGACGGAUGAUAUUUGAUGUCCGAGUCAAUGACAGUGUUGUAAUUAAAGCUAAUAUGUCAUAAAGUGUCAGAUUCACUUGUAUGCGAAGAAAAUUGGUACAUGAUUCUCGUGUUUGGGGAAUACAGCCUGAAUGUCACACUUAGUCUGUGUAUACUGCAUUCUUUUGUUUUUAUUAAUUCGUUUUGUACAUUUGAAAUGUAGAAGUUUAUUUGAUUUGCAAUACAUGUGUUUACACGGCCGAUUGAUUUGUCUCACCUUUGCAUUAAUAUUGUGUAUUCUGUUAAAAGAAAAAUAGUGUAUGCAAGAAAGACCUGUUGAUCCAUACAAAUAAAAUAUGUGUACCUGCA